AUGGCUGCGAACGGUUCGGGCGCAGACAAGCCUGCGCCCAAGAAGGAGUGGUUCCCGACUCGCUCGUUUCACGGCAGCUUGAUCGCGCUCGUCCUCGCCCUCGCCGUCUUCCGGUUCUUCAUUCAAGACAGCGGCGAUCGGCAUCACUGCAAGGCCUUGCUGAACGAGGGACGAUGGCUCGACGACAAGCACACGAGCUGGCAGCCCGACGGUUGCAUGCUGCAUCCGUACACGCCGAAGCAGGUCGGGCAGUGCUUGGAAGGACGGAGCGUGGUGUUCAUCGGCGACUCGACUGUGCGACAGGUCUUCUACGCAACCGUCAAGCACGCCGAUAAGAAUAUCGACACGAAGGCCGACAAGCACACAGACCGGACGUUCAUGGCGGGCGGCAUUCAGUUCUCCUUCUACUGGGACCCUUUCCUGAACGGAACUCGCGCAACGCAACUCUUCGAAGGAACCCUCGGCUCGGCGACUGGCCACGGCACGCCUACCCUCGCAGUCAUCGGCAGCGGCAUCUGGUACCUGCGGCAUCCGAACUCGGGCGGCAUCGACGUCUGGGACCGACGAAUCGACACCCUCUUCGCCGCAACUCGCCCUUCCCUUCCCGCCAUUGCCGACGAGGUCAUCCUCCUUCCCGUCGAGAAUGCCAUCGAGUCGCGUCUGUCGCCUGAACGAGCGGCGACCGUUCACCACGACGACAUCCAGAAGAUGAACGAGCUCCUCGACGCCAAGCUGCGUGAUGCGGCGACUUCGCCCGGAACCGGCACUGGCGGGAUCGCAGUUCCUCGCUCCUUCAACCGCGUCAUCGAAGGGCUCGAUGACGAGACGGUCGACGGCCUGCACUUUUCCGACACGAUCAGCAAGGUCCAGGCGAGCAUCCUCCUCAACUUGCGGUGCAACGACGCGCUGCCGAAGAAGUUCCCCUUCGACAAGACGUGCUGCUUUCAGUAUCCGACGCCGAACUGGGUUCAGGCGCUCUUGCUCCUCGUGCUCGUCGCGUACGGUCCCGCAGGACUCUACUUCUACUCUCGCUCCGACACAGCACCCAUCGUCUACCGUUUCUUCCCCGACCAAAAGUACCUGCUGCCCUUCACCAUCUUCGGCUUCUCCACGACACUCCUCUUCGUCGCCGACCGCACCAACCUCUUCCUUAAGGAGAACAAGCAGUACGACGCCUUGACCUUCGUCGUCCUCUGCCUCCUCACCGUCGUCGCCGGCGUGGUGACGAUGAAGCCGCCUGAGAAGGACCUCGGCUUCCUCAACCGCGACCAGACGGACGAGUGGAAGGGCUGGAUGCAGAUCGCAAUCCUGAUCUACCACUACCUCGGCGCAAGCAAGAUCAGCGGCAUCUACAACCCGAUCCGCGUCCUCGUCGCCGCGUACCUGUUCAUGACAGGCUACGGCCACCUGAGUUUCUUCCUCAAGAAGGCCGACUUUGGUUUCGCCCGAGUCGCCAACAUCCUCGUCCGCCUCAACCUCCUCACCGUUGUUCUCGCCUACCUCAUGGACACAGACUACCUCAGCUACUACUUCUCGCCGCUCGUUACGAUCUGGUUCGGCAUCAUCUGGGUCACGCUCUGGGCCGGGCACAAGUACAACGACAAGCCGGCGUUCCUCCUCACCAAGCUCAUCGUCGCGGCCUGUCUUACUGCGGCAUUCUUCGAGAUCCCCGGCCCGCUCGAGAAGACGUUCGAGGUGAUCAAUACGGUCUUUGCGACGAGUUGGAACGCCGGCGAGUGGCGGUUCCGCCAGACGCUCGACAUGUGGAUCGUGUGGGUUGGCGCGUUCACCGCCUACGCGUUCAUCAAGAUCAAGGAGUACCGUGUCACGGACGACCUGCGAUGGCCUCAAUGGCAGCGCUGGACGAUCAUCGCCUCGGCCGUGACGAUGGCGGGCUACUUCGUCUUUGAGCUGACGAGGGAGAGCAAGUUCGUCUACAACGCUUACCACCCUUACGUCUCGAUCCUCCCCGUCCUGGCGUGGUGCGUCUUGAGGAACGCGACGCCUUUCCUGCGCUCGACCAGCUCCAAAUUCUUCAUCUUUUUCGGACAAUGCUCGCUCGAGACGUUCAUCAUCCAGUUCCACCUCUUUAUCGCCGGCGACACUCGCGGUAUCAUCAUGAUGAUUCCUGGCGGCGCAUGGCUUCGCCCGGUCAACUUCGUCGUCACCUCGCUCGUCUUCGUCUUCAUUUCGAACCAGGUCGCCAUCGCGACCGGCGUCUUGACCUCGAUGAUCUGCUACGUCCCCAAGCCCGCUCCCGGCUCCUCCGCCCGCCUCCCCUCCUCAACCCGCGAAGCGAUCCCCUCCCUCCCCUCCUCCGCAACGAUCGCCUCGUCGCACCCCGGCUCAGGCGAAUACGUCGCGCUGUCAACCAUGGCAGACGGGGACAAGGGCAUGGGCGAUGGGUUGGCGGGCUUGGAUGCGAGAGACGGGUGGGCGAGUAAGGUUGGCAGAGUGGUGGUGACGGAUUUGAGGGUCAGGUUUGCGGCGAUUUUGGCGGGGUUGUGGGUACUGAACGUCGUUUACCCGGCAUGA